GUUUUUGAUAUAUAUUGCAUAUUGUGCCUUAAGGGCAGCAGCUACAUAAAGAUAUCUCUCAGUAUUUGUUCAGUAUUUGACAGUUAGGCUGUUCCAAUGUACCUUAGGGAUUUUUAUUCUAAUUUUAUGCUGUCAGACUUUUAUUUCUCUGACUUUGUAUCCUCUGUGGUAAUAUUACUAAAAGCUUUCCGGUUUUGUGGGUAUUUUUAUUAAAAGAAAAGUAAUUGUAUUAAUCAGAGCUUAGUUUUUCUUGCCUUUUUCUUCCAGAUUAUCCCAAUGGCAUUCGGCUCACGUCAGCUGUUCCAGGAGCAGAUAUCAAAGUACUCAUAAAUUUCAAUGCACCAAAUCCUCAGGACAGGAAGAAGUUUACAGAUGAUUUGAGGGAAUCAAUUGCAGAAGUUCAAGAAAUGGAAAAGCACAGAAUAGAGUCCGAGCUGGAGAAGCAGAAGGGGGUGGUGCGUCCCAGCAUGUCGCAGUGCUCCAGCCUGAAGAAGGACUCCGGGAACGGGACCCUGCCCCGGGCGUGCCUGGACGACAGCUACGCCGGCGGCGAGGGGCUGAAGCGGAGCGCGCUCAGCUCCUCCCUGCGCGACCUGUCCGAAGCAGGCAAGCGUGGGCGACGCAGCAGUGCAGGAUCGCUAGACAGCAAUAUGGAAGGGUCCAUCAUUAGCAGUCCUCACAUGCGCCGAAGAGCUACAUCAACCCGAGAGUGUCCAUCUCGCCCUCACCAGACUAUGCCCAACUCCUCCUCACUCCUAGGGUCCCUGUUCGGUAGCAAGAGGGGCAAGCCCCCCUCGCAGAGCCACGCGGCCGCGCAGACCCCGCACCACGCGGAGGGCGCGGCCGCCGCGCCGCACCCGCACCACGCGCAGUUCUGCCACCAGAACCCGCCGCCCUACCACCACCACCACCACCACUACCACCCGCCCCCGCACCCGCACCCGCACCAGUACCACCAGCACGGGCACGGCCACGGGCACGGCCCCUACCUGCCGCACGCCCCGCACCACGGCCCGCACCACGGCCCGCACCACCACGGGCCGCCCCCGCCGCCCGCCGCCGCCAGCACCAAGCCCAAACACAGCGGCAUCAGCACCAUAGUCUAGGCCUAAAGACCCUCCUCGUGACUCUAGUUCCAAACCCAGCUGCAAAGGCACUUAGAGGAAGCAACAAAAUCACACCGUCAGUUUUUACCCAGGCCGUUUAAUGAGCUUAAAGGCUUGCUGUUACUAAAUAAAAUAAUUCCAGUUA